AUGUUGCAACUCUACGUCUGGCCCGGAUCGACCAAACACGACCUGCCUUCCCUGGAUGCUCAGUGCUUUGGCAAGUCAUUAGCCAUGUACUCCAGAGUCGAGCCUUCCGAGGAGGCUCAUCUCGCUCCCGGCAACCCCCACUUUUUCUGAUGUGGCGAUCGGUCGCUGUGCUCCGCUACAGUGGCUGCGUCUUAUCUACAGUUGCUCAGACCAGGGGAAUGGGAAAUGAUCAAGACGACUGAUCCGGGGGUGUCGCCUACUCGUACGUCCAACUCGCUCAGCUCAUCGUCAUCGAUCGUCAUCGCCAUCGCCAUCGCCGUCGCCUCGAGUGACGUCGUACCAGAACUGACCCUUCCUCCGUCCCCGCGAUACUACCCAGGCCAGCUCCCGCUCCUCAAAGACCACCACCAAACCUUCGUCUCGAGCUCGAUCCUGCGCCACCUCUUACAAAGCUCGUCCUCGCUCGUCGAUUCGACCGAGGCCGUCCAACGCAGUGAAGGCAAAGCCUUUGAAGCCUACCUCGACACCACCGUCUUACCUCUGGUGUUGCAUUCCCUCUAUUCGGUUCGUCGUUGCAGCGGCGCAUAGAGGUUGCUGGUUCAAACCCACUGAUCGAUGAUCGCACUCGUCGCUCACGCACGCAGCUCCCCAAGAACUGGCACGCCUUUUCCCGCGUGUUGGCCCCGUCGUUCUCUUACCCGUUGCGCUUGAUCCGACCCGCUCAAUUGAGGGAACAGGCCCAUGAUCUGGUCGACGCGACUCAACCUACGUGGUGGAAUCUGGGAGGGCAAGCGGAGAAGGAGGAAGAGAAGGAGAGGAGAGCCAAGAAGGUUCUGCUGGCUUCGGGUACGGAAGGCGUUAGGGAACGCAAGGAGGAGCAGAGAAAAGAGGGGAAAGAGAGGAUCAAGAAGAAGUUUGGAGAGAGCAAGGUGCGCAAGGUGCACGGGGUGGCUUAUCAGAUAAGGACAUUGACGGGUCGCCGUUCGUAACAGAUCAUCGCCGCGGCUCAAAAAGUCUUUGGCUCGCUCGAGCACACUUUGGCGAGUAGUUCGACGCCCUAUUUCUUCUCUUCCACGACGUGAGUUCUCGACACGCUUCCCAACCUAUCCCACCUGUACUAAAGCCUACGUCGACGAUUCCCCGCCCAGGCCCUCCCCCCUCGACGCCCAACUCUGUUCCCUGCUCUCCCUGAUCCUCUACCUCCCCCUCCCGAGCCCGAUCCUAGCGGACCUGAUCAACUCGUCCUUCCCGCGCCUAUGGGCCCACACGGCCCUGCUCCGACGCACGCUCUGGUCCGAACGUCCGGCACCGAUCCUCGCCCCCACUUCGGCGACGACUCCCCUGAGCGUACUUUCGAACCUGGGCGGUCUGUUGAUCCCGACCCAUUUGCCGUGGUCUUCUCCACGAGUGUUUCAUGGCGCAUCCGAGGGAGGAGGGAAGAAGAAGACGAAGAACGAAGUGGAGUUCGAGAGGAAACGAUGGAUCUUUUUGGGCGUCGUCGCGGUCGCGGUGGUCGGCUGGGGAUUGGGGACGGGUAAAGUGCCGUUGCCUUGGGGGUGGGGGUGGAGUGGGGAGGAGGAGGAGGAGGAGGAAGAGGGGGAGUACGAGUGGGUCGUAGUGGAGGAGGUUGAGGGGGUUGGAGAGGUCGAAUGA